UUCAGUCCUCUGGUAGAUGGUGCCAGCUGGUGCCAUCUAUUGUCGGCCACAGAGGGCAAGAUGAAGCUGUACUUGCUUUUGUUUAUCUUCGUGUUGGUUCACGGGGAGCUGGCCGAAUCGCCCGGCGAUGGCGCGCUGGCCCUCGAGGCCGACGGGACGGGGACGGGGGUGCAGAUGGCGAGAAGCCGUUCCUCCCACAGCCUCCGGGACCUCGAUGAAGAAAGGGACUUGAGGAGAUUUGGCUUCUUUAAGAAAGUCUUCAAAGGAAUUAGGAAAAUCGGAAGGCGACGCAAGGAUAGCGAAGACAGCGAAGAUUAUGAGGAACGAGAGAGACGAGGAUUUCGGAAGUUCGCAAGGAAAAUGAAGAAGAUGAAAAAGAAAAUGAAGAAAAUGAAAAAGAAAGUGAAGAAAAUGAAAAAGAAAAUGAAGAAGAAAAUGAAGAAAAUUAAAAAGAAAAUGAAGAAAUUGAAAAAGAAGCUGGACAAAAAAAAGAAUAAGCUGAAAAACAAAAUGAAUAAGCUGAAAGACAAAUUGAAGGCAAUCGGAAAAGCGACUGGAUCAGGAAUGGAACAAGAAAAUGCUAUGAAGGGUGAAGGAGGAGGAGAACCCGCCGCAGGAGAACCCGCCGCAGGAGGAGAACCCGCUGCAGGAGGAGAACCCGCCGCAGGAGGAGAACCCGCCGCAGGAGCAGAACCCGCUGCAGGAGGAGAAGAACCCGCUGCAGGAGGAGAACCCGCCGCAGGAGGAGAGAACCCGCCGCAGGAGGAGAACCCGCCGCAGGAGGAGAAGAACCCGCCGCAGGAGGAGAACCCGCCGCAGGAGAACCCGCCGCAGGAGAACCCGCCGCAGGAGGAGAAGCAAGCGAGGGCCAGGCAGCGUGAGGCAAAGAAACGGCAGACGGCGCCAACGAGUGCGAGAAACCGGCAGAUGAUGAAUAAAAACAUCCAUGCACAGCUGCCCUAACCAGCUCCUGCCACCCAAACUCGACCCAGCGUGAGUAGUAGUUGUGCUUACCCUGGGUCGCGUGAGGGAGGGUAGUUUUGUACAACCGGUUCCCUUAGAAGCCUCGACUCUGACUGGUGUCUUGACGAUGACAGGUUCCCUUAAUGACUACCCGAAAAGUCUCGCCAGUUUUUGUUCUAUUGAUCUCAGUUUGAUUCUGAUAUUACUACAUGAUACUGAUAGUUUGUGGAUCCAUGUUAUCUUUGGGUCCAAAAAAUACGAAAUUAUUGAAUAUAUGUCUAUGGAAUAUAAGUUGUCACGCUGUUCAUAGAAGUUGUUGUCGUUUUUACUGUUAUUAUUAUUAUUAUCAUAUUUAUUGUUAUUAUUAUCAUCAGCAUUAUCAUUAGCAUUAUUAAUACAUUAUAUUUUAUUAAUUUUGAUAUAGAUAACAUCAUUAUAUAAAUGUGUCAUCUUUUUGUUUAUAUUAUCAUUAGUAAGGAUGUCUUUCACCUUAUUGAGAUUGAUGUUAUUAUUGAUUUCACUUUCAUCAGUUAUUAUUUGUUGAAAUGUGACCAGCAUACUAUUCCAUAACACAUAUUACUGUAUUAAUUAUGAUGAGUAUUUGACAUGUUCGUUGACAGAUUAUCAUGCAGUUGUAUCACUUUCGGUGAACUCUGAAUAUAUUCAAUUUUAAGCAGAUGUUCUCUUUUUUUACUAUAUUUUCUGCACCAGAUCUCUAAAACAAAUAUAUGAAAAAAUGAGUAUGUGAAAAAUUAACUGUUUAGAGUUUACCGUUAAUUGUCUAAUAAAUUUCAGCAAACAUA